AUGGAAGCAGCUGUGGAAGUAGAAGAUGAUGUUUUCUUUGCAGACUUGAGCAAGAGAAUCUCUCUUCUGAUAAUGGAUGAUGAUGAAGACUCACUUCCUGAUAAUUGUCCAUCUGUUACUUUACAGGCCUUCACUCAGGCAAUCCAUCCAACCACACAAAUGCAAAUUCUUCAUCAGCAGACAUGCGCAAGAGAAAGCAAAGGGACAGGAGUUUUUAUUCCUCGUUCUUCGCAUCCACGAAGGAAGGAUAGGCAGGGAAGACAUGCUAAAUUCCACAGGCAUUCUGAUAACUCAAGAGGGCUUCGUCUCGUGGCUUACAAUAACAAUAACACUAACGCCUCGUACAAUUCGCUUUACCCAAGAAGAUUUUAA